AUGGGCUUCUACGAGACUGAUGCUCUGCAUAAACAUAACUACGUUGGCGGUGGCGGCAGCGCAUAUGUCUACCACGUCAGUCCGAUGAUUGUGGUGAAAACCGUCCGCCCUGACCGAGACUUUAAAGAAGAGGAGGAGAUAGGACACCCUUUGCAUGGGGAUAUCGCUUUUUACGAACGCUUUAACGCGCGCCAGGACCGAUGUCCGCACAUUGUGGAAUGUUUUCUUAUGUUUCCAGACUAUCUUUUCCUAUCAUUUUGCCCUAACAAGGCCUUCAUCCAUUACUAUCUUGAACAUUGUCAGGAGCGAGAAGAUGACCGUCUCUUCGGGCGUUUUAUCCGUGUGAAAGAGUACCAAGACCCUGCUCUUAUCGCUCGAUGGAUACAACAACUCACGUCUGCCCUCGAAUACGUGGAGAAAAUGGGAUACUGCCACAAUGAUCUAAAUUCGAUGAAUUGCCUUCUUGAUGAGAGACUUAAUCUAAAGCUAUCUGAUUUCGGUCGCGCCUCCACUAUUGGGCAAUAUCUGGAGUGUAGCAUGGCUCCAUGGGCGCUAAAGUUGAGUGCUGGGCCCUUAGCGGGUACUCAUGGUCUCUGCUCUGCUAGAACCGAGCAGUUUGCAGUUGGGUCUUUCCUCUACUUCUUAGUAUAUGGUUAUAAUCCCUAUGAUGAUAUUAAUCUCGAAGGGCCGGAGUUAGAACGUCGAUUUAAGGUAAUGGAUUUCCCCGAGCUAAAUCGCCACGAAAUCUUCGAUGAGCUUAUAUCUGCUUGUUGGUAUAAUGUCUAUCCUACUAUGUAUAUGGUAGCGUAUGAUUUUAAGCGCAAAACAAAAGACAUUGGAACAAUGCCAGAAGAAUAUGAGAUCAUUGACCGUACUAAGGGGAGAAAAACCAGCGAAGCACUGAACCGGACUUCGAAUACUCGGAUCGCUGUUGGGCUGAAGAGAUUGAUCGUACAUUUUCGGCUGCGCCGAUGGGUUAUACUGAACAAUAUUGCCCUAAUAUCCAUUAUAAUGGAACGUGUAGAGAGCUUUGCAACAUUCCCUGUUCUCAGGAUACCAGUCGGCAUUUUUAUCAUCACAAGCAAUGGAGGUGUGGAAGCUAUAAUUGUGUUAUCUCGGUACCCAUUCUCAUAUGAUGAUGAUAUUCUCUGGAGACUAUCAACGAAACGUUUUCAGACAAUUCUGAGCAGCUUAUACUUUACGAGCGCCUAUAAAAUUGCUACAAAGGGGGUCUUCAGCCUGUACAACUGGAAGUACGCUUGGGUGAGAAUCACUCAAGGGCUCUUUGUGGAUGGUUGGGUCGAAGUGUUAUCAGAGAUACGUCUGAACGGAGACACUCCAGUAUCCGACUUCAAGGUAAUAGCUCCAAGUCUGGCUCACUCCCGUGGGUAUGAGUUCCUUGUCGCAAUUGAAGCAGUGCUCUGGUCAAUUAGGUAUAAGGCUUGUUAA